GCAACAUUGCGUUAGAAGCAAAAUAAUUAACAUUACAAAAAUUUAUUGAUAAUUCUGACAAUUGUCGAGUUUAAAGUCUGAUUUGUUAAAUUUUUAUUUGUUAUUUCACAUUAUUCGUCUACUAGUUAUUUAUAAGACGUGUCAUAUGACAGUUGAAUGAGUGAGUGUGUGUGAGUUGCUUAAUUUUGUUAAAUUUUAAAGGAUUUAAUAAAAAUGGGAGACAACAAAGAUAAGAAAACCGAAAAAAUCGACAACGAGCUCUCCGAACUUUUAGACAGCGCUUUGGAAGACUUUUCGAAACCAAAACCGGACGAAAAGCCUCCUCCGAAACCUGAGAGCGAAGCCCCCGCACCUGUGGCUGAAGAAUGGUCUGAAGAUUUCUUGGCUCAGGCAGCAGCCCAAUUCGAGACCAAUUUUGCUAAUCUGUUGAGCGGCGGCGACCCCAAUGUGGAUGUGUCACCCGAACUCAUCCAGCGUAAGCUGCAACAGAUGGCCGAGGCGGCGCAGAAGGUGCUGCAAAAUCCCACUGACAUACCUACCGAAAGUGUGGACUUUGGCAGCUCAAUAUCACAAGCCAUUCAGGGGCUGAACCAGGGGGCGGAGGGUCUACAGAAUCCCUUCAACGAGGAGGACCUAUUGAAGAUGUUCGGCAAUCCGCAGGGCGACAGCAACGACCUGUUGCCCUUCAUGCAAGGCAUGAUGCAAGGAUUAUUGAGCAAAGAAGUUUUGGGACCAAGUCUACAGGAUUUCGUCACAAGAUUACCAGAAUAUUUGGAAAAAAAUAAGGAUAAAAUUUCGGCCGAAGACAAAGAACGUUACACAAAUCAAAAGAAACUGAUGGAGGAAGUUCUGGAGGAACUGAACAAGGAGAGCGACACACAAACUCCAGAGGAGAAGAAGGAACAGUUUGCUAAAGUAUUAGCACUUAUGCAAAAAUUGCAGGAUUAUGGUCAGCCCCCUGCGGAAUUAGUGGGGGACGUUGAGACGCCGUUCAACUUCGAUCCACAAGGUGUUCCUACUGAGGCUGGACAAGACUGUUGUUUAAUGUGAAUCUAAUUGAUUUGGGACGUGAAAAUGAGCAAAUUUUAAUUAUAUUGUGUUUAAUAAUGUCACGUCUCCGAAUAUGUAUUUAUUGUUUUGUUGUAUGGGGAUUUUUGUUGAUUAUUAAAUGUUGUUUAUAGACAGUUAGAUAGUUUUAAAAAUUUGUACUCUCUGUAUAUAUACAUAUUGCUUUUAUAUUAAAAUGUAUAUAGCAAAUAAAAUUGGAACAAAUUAAUUUAUUGUAGUAAGACAUCAAUAAAUAUAAAAUAAACAAAAGAAGAAUAAACAUUAACAAUAAACAAAUUGCGUUACAGAAGGCAUCAAAUUGUUAUCUAAUAAAAAAUUUAAAAUUUUUAUUUUA